AUGGACACAGUGCAAUUUUCUCCAGGAGGAGAAAUUAUUUCCAUUCGUCUUGCACGUUCUGAACUAGAUGCAAAUGAGCGUAACAUGAUCAUUACAGCUAGUAUUGUAAGCUUUGCUCUGUUUGUGAUAAUGGCUUCUGCUGCGUUUGGUUUCUGGAGAUAUAAAGCUAAGAUAUCAAAGGAUGCUUCACAAGUUGCAUGGAGGAAUGAUUUGAAACCACAAGAUGUAUCAGGUUUAAAUUUCUUUGAGAUGAAUACCAUUCAAAAUGCCACCAAUAAUUUCAGUAUAUCAAACAAACUCGGACAAGGUGGAUUCGGUCCAGUUUAUAAGAUAACCUUCUGCAAUGUGUUUCAGGGAAAGCUGCAAGAUGGGAAAGAAAUUGCUGUAAAAAGGCUUUCUAGCAGCUCGGGCCAGGGCAAAGAGGAGUUCAUGAAUGAAAUAAUUGGUCUUCUCUGUGUCCAACACCAACCUGCAGACAGACCAAACACACUUGAAUUGCUGUCCAUGCUCACCACAACAUCAGAUCUUCCACCACCAAAACAACCCACAUUUGUAGUGAACACGGUAGUUGAUGAAUCACCGUCUAAGAGGUUGAUCACUGUCAAUGAGAUGACCCAUUCUAUGAUCCUAGGGCGGUAA